CUGAAUAACAAUUCUUGGUCAUUAGGCCAUCGAAUAUGAAUAUCAAUCGAAUCGUUCAUAAUAUAUUAAAAAGGUAUACACAACAAGACACGCUUUUUUGUUUUAUUCGAAACGAAUACUCAUAAAAAAUGCCAAGCACCUUGGUGGCUAUUAUAGAGGGCGCAUGUAGUCCUGCACGCUAUGAACCUGAACUUGGUCUUAAUCUCGAGAUUUGUGAAAUGAUUAACAAGAAACAAGGCACUGCACCUAGAGAAGCAGCAUUUACUAUUGUGAAAUUAGUCAAUAGUAAAAAUGUAAACCAAGCCAUGCUUGCACUGACCUUGCUUGAUAAUUGUGUCAAGAAUUGUGGAUAUCCUUUUCAUCUUCAAAUAGCCACAAAAGAAUUCUUGAAUGAAUUAGUGCGCAAAUUCCCUGAACGCCCUGCUCCUUUUCCUAACCCAGUCAUUCAACGUAUCCUGUAUCUGAUUAAAGAGUGGAAAGUAGCAUUGACUGAUAUAUCCAAGCAUAAAGACGAUCUUGUGCACAUCAAAGACAUGUAUCGACUUUUAAGGUUCAAAGGCUAUCGUUUCCCUGAAUUAAGAGAUGCUUCUGUGGCUGCAUUGGCUCCCUCUGAUUCUUUGAAAUCUGCUCAUGAAUUGGAAGAAGAAGACCGUGUAGCACAGUCUGCUAAACUACAAGAACUCAUUCGUCGUGGUCGACCUCAAGAUUUGGUAGAAGCCAAUCGUCUGAUGAAAAUCAUGUCUGGUUUCGAUACUCGACAAACACCAGACUAUGGUCAAAAGUUUGAAGAUGAACUAGCCAAGAUUCAAGACAAGACUAUUCUGUUGUAUGAAAUGCUAGAGACUAUCAAACCAGGUGAAAAGAUAGACCGUAAUGAGACUAUCAUGGAUCUCAAGAAUGCUUGUGCUAGUGCACAACCCAAGAUUCAAAAGAUGAUUACAGAAGAAGAAGACAAUGACAAGAUUGAGAAUUUACUUACAUUGAAUGAUAUGAUCAAUAAUGCCAUGGCUAAAUUUGCUGAUGUCAAGAAGGGCUUGUUUGAUACACAUUAUGAAAUCAGUGGUAAACAACCUACAGCACCUUCAGACUCACAAGAACCUGCUCGACAAGGCAUUAGUUUGAUUGAUUUGGAUGAUUUAAGUGAUAGUCCUUCUCCAUCAACUACUCAAUCAUCAAGUACUGCAUUAAAUGAUUUGUCUGAUAUCUUUGGGACCAAUAUGAACAUCACACCAGCCAAAAAGACAGCCGAUAUCUUUGAUCUCUUGGGUGGUAAUGUUCCACCUAGUCAUUCCCCUUCUUCGAUGCAAUCACCCACACUACACCAAGCUACUUCACCUAUUGUCUCUCCUGCAACAACCAACAAAAAGACAAUCACACUUGUUAAUAAGAAUGGCUUAUGUAUUGAAAUUGAAGUUCAGGAACAAGACACCCAAUGCUUUAUGAAAGCCUUUUUCUCUAAUCAAUCCACUGCACCCAUGGAUAAGUUGAUGUUGAGAUUGGCUGCUCCCAAGUCUAUGCAAAUCAAAAUGGAGCCUCAGUCUUCACAAACAUUAGGUCCUAAAUCAAGUCGGGCUAUUACUCAAGUAAUCAUGCUUCAAAACCCUAAUAAGGAACCCCUUCGUUUAAGAUACAAGGUCUCAUAUGAACAAUUUGGUGUUGAUAUGGAAUUAGUGGGAGACUAUCAUGCUUAACAUAAAAUAAAAAAUAAAGAGAAAUAAACAAUAAGUUUAUUAUAUAUAUAUAUAUAUAUAUAUA